AUGACUACUAAUCCAUCUAAGAGAAUUGCCUGGAGUGACUCAGAUGCCUUUGAUUCAAAGCACAGACAAGAUCCUGAAGAUUCCCACAAGAGGAAAUCAAAAGAAGAGAAAAGGAGACAGGUGGUCAGUCAGUGGAGAACAGAUGUACAGUCGCUUGUUUCAUCUUCUAAAUGGCUUCAACGUUAUGGUCUCAAAAGAAACAAAUUGUCCCUCUCCCAGAUUUUGUCCCAGAUUGGAUUCCAACACAGGAAAGAUUAUGUGACCACCUUGGGGAAACCUGUGGCUUCUCGAUAUGCAGAUGGUCUGUUUCCUCAAUACAAGACAGCACAAGAUGGCAGCGUGUAUAAUCUGACAGCCAAAAAAGAACUAAUUCUUCAUUUUGUGGAUUGCCUAAUUGGAGCCAUUGAGCUAUAUAAGCAGCGAAUGGAAUGGUUAACCAGUGAGAGCCGGCAGAUAUUUGGAGUGAUUCAAGAACAGUGCAUUGUCAUUGUGUUGGAUUUUGGCACUGCAGCUCCAAAUGAAUUUGAUCUAUGUCGGGAUGCACUUUCUAUGGUACUUGUGGAACAGGUGAUACAAAUUUCCAGAUUCAAUCUCAUUCGGGCUGCUCCAGAUCUUAUGAAGUGGCAAGAGAAAUGCACUUCUGUGUCUGAGCAUACUGUAAAGUCUGCAGUUACAUGGCUCUGGAAGCUGGACCAUAUGACAGCUGUCAGCCAUACCAGCUCUGCUGAAGCUCUGCUGGAAGCCAUGGGUGAUGGAGCGGUUGAAGCUAUUUAUUACUUUGUUGUGGGUGAUAUUCCAGCGGACACAAAGCAGUUACUCCUUGAGAAGGUUUCAGAUGUCUCCUGUCCAGUCAACAUGGUGUCUUUCAAUGCUAGGGAAGAUGCAACUAUUAUUUUUCUGAAGGAGUUGAGCCACUUGGCCUCUGGCAGAUUCCAUGCUUUUGCUGAGAAGAAUGACUGUAGAGAUGCUACUGGAUCUGCACUAAAAUAUGAAGAGGAUGGAAAAAGAUUAAUUGCCCUGAACUCUGGAAAAGUGAAAGGGAGAAUGCCACUAGUAGCUGGUGUCUGUGAAGAUGUCUUUUUGAUCUGGAAGGAGCUGGAGGAAGCCAGGAGUACAGUGAGACAAGUUCAGAAAAUGUUAUCACAAUCUGACCAGUCUACUUCUCUAGAUGCAAACAAAGGUGAUCAUCCAUUACCAAGAUGUAGAAUUGAUGAAUAUUUGACUGCUGAGAAGUGGUUGCAGAAGUAUGGCUUGAAAGCUCAGAAUCUCACACUGUAUGAUGCACUUGCUGAUUGUGUUUUUCGCCACAUAGAUGGGCUUAUUGACAUAAAAGCUAAACCAGAGGAUGAAUAUUCACAAACUGAUGCUGAGACAAAGAGGAAGGUGAUUCAUGCAAGAUACUGUGACAAGUUUGUACAUACCCUCUGGAAAGAUGGGUCUGUAGUUCAUGUAUAUGUUACUACAGAAAAGUAUAAGCAGUAUGAAGAGAAAAUGAGGAAAGCUCUCAGACAAGUGGAAGGAAGGAUUAAGUGGCUUCAACAAGGAAGCAGAGGGCUUUUUGGAAAUGUGUUUGAAGAUGACAUCUAUAUUCUUAUUGAUACAUCCCAGUCUAUGAACAAUAAGCUGCCACUAGUGAAGGAAAAAAUAUUUCAGCUAAUGCAGGAACAGCUGAGACACAAAAAGAGAUUUAACUUUGUGAAAUUUAGUGCCCAAGCAGUGGCAUGGCAAGAGAAACUUGUUGAAGUUAAUGAAGAAAAUUUGCAAGAUGCUUGGCUUUGGAUAAAAGGGCUUGAGGUUGGAAGUUCCACAAAUACUCUCAAAGCUCUCCAGAUUGCUCUUGCUGAUACUGACACUCAGGCUAUUUAUCUCUUGACUGAUGGGAGACCUGACCAGCCCCCCCAGAUAAUUCUGGCUGAAGUCGAGCUUCACUGUAAUAAAAUUCCCAUCCAUACUGUAUCCUUCAACUGUGAUGAUAUAGAAGCCAAUAAAUUUUUGUAUGAACUAUCUACUAAAACAGAGGGACGGUUUCAUUAUUACAACAUUUAUUUGAGUGAUCCUGAUACUACAGAGUUUAUUGUUAAUAAAGACAUACAUCUUUUGAAAAGAGAAAUUGCUCAAGGAGAGAAAGAUCUAGAGAAAGUGAAGACCUUUCAUGAGAAAAGUCUGAUGAUGAAUUCUUGUAAUGAAGAAAAUUAUCCAGAGAACAAGAGUAGGACAUGCUGUGCUUCAGAAGAACCAUCAGUGCCACCACAUGAGCAAACCAGGCAAAGCACUGCUGCCAAUCCAGUCCGAAGAAAGAAAGCAUUAUAUGCAGAUCAAACAAAGACGAGUCUGCUGCAAAUCCUGAACCGUGGUGUGAAAUCCAGGGAAGAAAGCCCAGAGGAAGGAGUGUCUCCAGACGAAAAGAGUUCUUCUGUCAAGAAGGGUGUGAAAUGUACAACCAUUUUCAAAGGCAAGUUGAUGGAACAUGAAGCUCUGACUGGGGCAGAUCUGAAAACGCAGAAUGUGAAAAGAGCAUCUAAAAGCUCUCCAGGUAUCUCUUCAGCUCUUUGGUUAAAGACCCAUGGCUUGGCUGCUAAGCGACUCACCAUCAUGGAUGCCUUAGCUCCUACAACUGUCCCUCAGAGUACAAAAUACAUCCCAGUUCUGGACAAGCAUGUAGUUUCUAAAGUAUUUGAUAAGAUGUUACCAUUGGCCCAUGUUAGCAGUGACAAGAAGGGGAUUGCACUAAUUAAUCCUUGGGCAAUGAAUCUUGAUGCCUAUAAAGAGAAGCUGGAACAAGCAAUUAAAUCCUAUGAGAGGCGCCUGAACCUAGUUAUUUGGAGAGCGCUAUCUCAGGAGGAAAGAGACAAAUUUAAAGAGGAUGGGCCAAUCCAGUAUAAACAGCAUAAAGAAGCUUUGCUGGAGGCUUUAGAGAAUUUGGGAUGGCCAGUUUCCUAUGAAGAUGUAAAAUUGUUAGAAGAUGAGAUAUUGACAGCAUUAACAUAUAUACAACAAGCCUCUGAUCUUCAGGAAGCUGUCAAAAAGGAAACUGAGAAAAGCUCAGAAUCACACAUAGGCAACAAUAAAAAGGGACUUGAAGAAGAAAGUGAGAAGCUGAAGUCUAAGACAAGUAAAAAAUGUCAGAUAUUUGUGACUCACAAAAACCAAAAGGUAAUUGCAAGAUCAGAUGUCACAGGAUUUUAUUAUCCAGGUACUGUGAUAAAGAAUAUCAGUUCUACCUGUGCACUUGUUGUCUUCAGCAAUGGGGAGAGCUGUGAUGUCCCUGUCAAGUUCAUUAUACCUGUGGGAGGUGCUAUGCCAUGCCCCCAUCUGCAGGUUGGAGACUAUGUGUUUGCCAGAAGUGGAACACAGGCAGAAAAUGAAUAUUAUGUACCUGCCAUUGUCAUAGCAACACCAGAUAGGAUGAAACCAGGUGACAAACUCUACACAAUACUGAUGUUCAACAACAGGAAGGAACACUGUAUAAGAAGCCAGCUCAUUAAAAUCAGCCAAACCAAGUAUGCCUAUUCGUGUCAGUACAUAAGAACGGUACAGACAGUGGAUUAUGAGAUCCUGGAUGGUGACACUACAAAGCCCUGCCCUUGCCCACCUGUGGAAGUUGAAGGAGGAGAAAAAGCAAAGAAAAGUAUUUUGAAAGAAAAGAGGGGAAAAAAGAAAAAUAAGAGGACAACAGUAGACAAAAGGCAUCCCAGGGAGACAAUGUCAGACUUUGAUAAUCUUUUGUCUCUAGAAGUGAAGUUAAACAGAGAGGAAGAAAUUCAUUGUCUAGCAACAAGGAAGAAGUUAGAGGUAAAGAUGUAGCUCUGGAAAGGUAUAAAUAUUAGGAAUUAAGCAUUUGUGAUGGGCCUUUAGCUAUUUCCCACACAAGGAACAGGUUUCUGCAUUUCUGAGUGUUAGCCAAGCUAGCUUUCCCAUGUCCUGUAUGAUGAAAUUCUUUCAUCUCCUUUAGAAACUGUUCUUGACACUUUCCCAGCAUGUGUUUUCACAGUAACAGCAAGAAAUGAAUAAAGCGUGUUCCAGCAUAUGCCACCUUAAUUUCCCUAACAGCUGUAGUAGCAGAGAGGAUGCAGUAACACCAAAUAUAAUACCUGCUUGUAAGCAGAGUAUAUAUUCCAGUC